AUGGCCGCGAGACUUCCAUCAAACCGUGUAAUACACAUAGUUGUUGCACUUCUCAUUGUCUUAUUAAUAUAUUUCAACUUACCACGAUUCAACUCCAGCGAACACAUCGGUGGAUUACUCGGCGACAUAAAUAAUAGCACACUUGGAUUCCAAGAGAUCUUCGUUGUUGGCUUGCCGUCACGGACAGACCGCCGCGAUGGCAUGUUCCUACAAGCUGCCCUUAGCGAUAUAAGAAUAGAAUUCGUGGAUGGUGUAAACGGAAAAGAUAUACCCGACAAAGCAAUUCCUAUGACGUUUGAACGUGAGAGGAUGAAUGAUGCUUCUCUCGGAUCGUGGCGCGCACAUAUAAAUGCAAUUCAAGAGGUCGUUCGAAGAAACUUGACUUCUGCUCUAAUAUUAGAGGAUGAUGUUGAUUGGGACGUCCGAAUCAAACAUCAGCUCAAAGACUUCGCAUUGUCUGCGCGAGCUAUUACACAACCCCUACCUGGCUCCAAGUCAUAUGCCGAUUCUACCUUUCCAAAUCCAUCUGAGGGAUCCUUCACUGUCGUUCCAGAUACUUCAUUUCAUUCUCUUCCCAGCACCGAACCCCCGAGGUUGUCUCCAUAUGGCGAUAAUUGGGAUCUGCUAUGGAUUGGUCACUGUGGCAUGCACUUCCCGUUCGAAGACAAUCCCCUUAUACCAAAAGGGCGAGUUAUUCACCUCGAAGAUGAGACUGUUGCCCCAAAACAGAAUCUAUGGACUUUUAACGUGCCUUUCACAUUGAAGGAUAAAUAUCCAGAACAUACAAGGGCAGUACAUCACGUACAAGAAGGCGUCUGUACACUUGGAUACGCAGUAAGCCAGGCGGGUGCGCGAAAGCUUUUGCACGAGGUAGGCCUGAAGGAUGUUACAGACGGAUUUGAUAUCCUCCUUCGUUUCUUCUGCGAGGGUGUGAAAGGACGCAAGUAUCAUAACUGCUUGACAACCCAACCAGCACUCUUUCACCAUCAUCGGGCGGCCGGUCCUCUUAGCGCAUCAAGUGAUAUAGGAGACCAUGGCAGUGGGUUUAGGGAGAAGAGCUCAACAGAUAUGGUUAGGUGGAGUGUUAGAUUAAAUGCCGAUGUAUUAUUAGAGGGACGUACGGACUUUGUUGACCAAUAUCCAGACAAUAGCCUUUAA